GUUUUUCUUUAUCUUCAGUCAAAUAUGUUCCAUGUAAGUUCGUACUUUAUGUUCAAUGUAAAAAAAUAAAUUCAGCCCUUUUCUACAAUUCCCCUGUGGGAGAGGAGCUGGAGCGGGCUAGUUAUUUACUUGGAGGUCUUUCUUUUUUUUACCUUUCUUUGUCAGACACAACGCAGGAACACACCGGUUACACAGGCUCUUGAGCUAAAACAAAAGUGAGCAGCUGCAGGGUGGAUUUCAAGCAGAAAUGUCCCCAGCUUCUCACAGGCAGUUUGCAAAAUGUAUGUAACGACAAAGACUGUCAAGCAGACAGUCCAGUUCAUACAUACACACUUGGUCAAACUUCUUAUACUGUCCAUCACAGCUUCCCUCAGUCCUGCUGUCGAUCACAAACACAUUUACUUCCUCUUACAAAGCUCUUUACAAUAAAACAGGAUACCAACCUCACUAAAAUAAAAGUGAACCACAAAUAUUACAAAUGCUCAAUGUUCAACAAUGUUAAUGUUUGUAAAUAAAAAAAUAUUACAUUUAUUAAUCAUGUAAAUUUCCUGCACCUGUCAUAGACAUGAAGUUCAAAUGUUGAACAUCAUAUUGACGUCCAGCUUUGGUCAUGGUUGGAUGUUCAAAUUGUGGACCAUGUUUGGACGUGUAUAGAUGCCCAGAAUUGGUCAUGGACCGAUGGACCUAAUAUAGACAUGAUCUGCCCGUAUAUCUGAUGUCCAGUGUUAUGUGGGUACAGGUUAUGAAUUUUUCUCAAAGUAAAGCAAGUCAAAAGAAUUGUUGUAGUGGGUCAGUGUGGGGAAAAGAAUCACAGCCCACGAUAAUUUCUGUUACUGUAUUGUUCUGUUGCUGCUCCGAGGUUUACUGAUCUUUGUGGAUUUAAACAGCUGAAUUCAACAGGAUGUAAUCCAAUAUUUCACAAACCAUCUUGGCUGAUUUCCAUUCCCUCAGUGACAGUAUACUGUUUAUACUAUCUUUAUACUAGAUCUAUAAAGUUUGUUUAAAUGAGGAAAUUGAAUGAAUCUAAGCAUUAUCUAAAAUUCUAAUUAAUUUUGCGACAUUUUAUGUAACCUAACUAUGAACACCAAAGCAACUGUGCACCAACACAGUGCUUUACUGUAGAUUCAUCACAGUAACAAUCUAACCUGUUUAUCCUGCACUAAACUGUUGAGUACUGUCAUGGAACAUCUGAGUAACAAAAAGUAAGUACACACUUUGGUUUGUUUUGCUGGGUAUAUCACAAUAUUAAAAAACAGAACUUCAUAUCAUACACAUCCAAUAUCUUAUUUAAAUAAUGAACACAUUACAUGUAAGCUUCAAAUUCCCUUUUUAUCAAAUGUCCCUGAGUAGUCCUUACCUUUUAAAAAUAAUCUCUCUUCUUCCUCUUCUGUUCUGGCUUUCUCAUGUUUCUCCAUCUCUGAGUGAAGUAAGCACCUGUACCAUUAGCUAGCAACAGACUGUGUGACAUAGAAACAGUUUGUGUGUUUGCUGAUAUUUGUUGAGCUUACAUAAACACUGCAUUUGAAAUUAUCUGCCAUUAAAAAAAGAGCAAACAAAAAACUUACUUACUCCCUUUAUACUCGCUCCUCUUCUGUAGGGCUAGCUUAAUGCUGAAGUACUGCGAACACACUUCAACCACUGAGUGUAGCUAAACAUUAUGCAUAAACUACCGUUUUACCUCUUUCAUUCUUUUGUAUGCAAUAAGCACUGGUGAUGGAUACACCAGUAGGAUGGUCUUUAUAUAUCUUUGUUCCCUUUUGUUAGUCUCAUAUUUAUUGGUUUGAAGGCCCACAGUGCUGGGAAAUAAUACUUCCCUCAAAUGUGUUAAGUAACAAGCCUGUUUUGAAAGUGUAAAGAGUAGAAAGUUCAGAUAUUUGUGUAAAAAUUGAGUAAAAGUAAAAGGUUUUCAGAAACUUUCCAAAACUUUUUAGAAACCAAAGAUGUUUUCCUCAUUGAGUGGUACAAUGUCUUUGUAUAAAACCACAGGGGGUUUAACAUAAACUGUUUAGGAAUUACAAGCAUUAUUAAGCCUCAUUUUCAGAGGCUCAAAAGUAUUUGGACAAGCUAAUAUAGUUUAAAGGGGGGGGGGUUUAAUAAAAAAAUAUAUAAAAAAUUUUAAUAUUUGGAUUAAAAUCCUUUGCAUUCAGUGACAGCCUUAAGUCUAGAAAUCAUGGGCAUCACUAAAUGCAGCUUUUCCUCCCUUGAGGUGUUCUGCCAGACUUUUUCUGCAGCCAACCUAACCGCUUGUUUGUGGGUCUCUAUCUGUUUUCAGUUUUGUUUUCAGAAACUGAAAAAUGUGCCCUGUUGUGUUGAGAUCAGGUGACUGACUUGACCAAUGAAAAAUAUUUCAUUUCUCAGAGAAACUCGUGGAUUUGUUUUGCAGUAGGCUUUGGAUCGUUAUCCAAUCAGCAGUGAAGUGUCCUCAUUCUAGUACAAGUUCAUUUUUUUAAUCUGUUCAAAUAAUUUUUCCAGAAUCUCUUUUAGAUGUUUUCCGUGAAGUCUAAUCUGCCCUCCCUGUUCUUAAGUAUACCCAGCUUUGUAAACCUGUAAUUUCAUGAAGGCAUCUCUAGAUUGUAAACCUUGAGAACCUUGCCCUUGCACUUUAAGUUGUUGUCUGUCGUCUUUCGGUCCUUUUGGGAUCAGUGGCCAGUGCAUUCCCAGGCCAGUGCAGUCUCAGCUGUCUCUUUAAUAUUUUUAUUUCUAUUUUUCAGCCUAAUGUUAGCUUUCUUGACUUGCAUGAACAUCUCUUUACAGGUCAUAUUGACAGUUCUGGUUAAAAUCUACCGAAUACAAAUUCAUCAUUUGGAAUUGUGGCAGGGCGUGGUUUGUGGCACGGCCGCGAGCUCCAUCAGCUCAUCAUGCCUCCCCUGUAUUAAACGUGUCGGGACCUGAGGUUGGGGUUGUUGUUGUGGUGUAUAUCCUACAGCUGAAAAGCUGCGGCCAUGAGCUGUGGACACGACAACCGAAAUAAAGAAAAGUGUAAAACGUACGAGCUGUGUGGUCGGGUCUGUCUUUUAUGUCACAGGAAUUAUUUCCAGAUUGUUCGUCUGCUUAAUUUGUCAUGAAAUAACAAAGGAAUGAGCAUCACCCAGUGUCUGCAAUCCAUAAACAGUUCAACAAAUUAUGCACCUAACUGCAGCCAGGAGUAAAAAAAGAGACAGCAGUUCAAAGUACAUGCCACACCUUAUCUUGUGAAGAGUUUCAAGUUUAUAUAGUUGUCACUUCAGUCAUCGCUGGAAGGAGAAAUAGCUUUGUUUAAAACAAUGGCUGAGAAACAUGCGGUUUCUAACCUCGGGCACAGUCACGACUCUCCAGAGUUGAGGAUCGUGCUGAUAGGUGGCAGAGAAUUAACAGGAGAUCCCAGUAAUAAGAGUCUGAGCGGCAACAUCAUACUGGGUCAAAAUGUUUUUGACACCAGCAGAAGAAGUGCCCAGAGUGUGGCGGGGCAGCAGGAGGUUCAUGGCAGACGGGUCACUGUGGUGGAUACUCCAGGCUGGUGGUGGCACUAUCCACUAGAAAACACCCCAAAGCUGGAUCAGAUAGAAAUCCAGAACAGUGUCCAUCUGUGUCCCCCAGGACCUCACGCCUUUCUUCUGGUCUUUCAUCAUAGCUUUUUCUUGCCCCAGAUCUUCAUAUCAUCUUUAAAAGAGCACCUGAAACUUUUCCACAAGGAUGUUUUUAAUCACACCAUCGUGCUGUUCACUGCUGAAGAUCCAUGGGAUGAAAAAAAUGUAGAAACUACAAUCAGUGAGUGGUCAGAAAUGCAGUGGAUUCUUGAGCAAUGUGGAAACAGAAAACAUGUCUUCUGUGUGAGUAACAGGGAGGACAGCAGUCAAGUCGAAGCACUUUUUGAGAAAAUCGAGGCAAUGGUCGCUGCAAACAGAGGCCGUCACUAUCCCAUUGAUCGUGCUCAUGGAAACGCUCUGAGGGAGGAAAUGAAAGCAAUAAGUGACAGAGCAUCAAAGAGGUUUGAUGAGGUGCAGACACAAAGAAGGAAACUCAGAGCACUAAUUGAAGGUGGUAAAACCCCACCAGCACAUUUAAGACUAGUGAUGGUUGGUGCUCAGUGGUCAGCCAAGAGCUCGGCUGGAAACACCAUUCUGAGGAAAAAGGCUUUUGCUGUUCAUCACAGAAGAACAACGAUGUCCUGUGAAAUCAAUCACGGCAUUCUGGGAGAGAGGACACUCGCAGUGGUGGAUUCUCCUGGCUGGUUCUACAACCACACCCUUCAGGACACCUCUGAGACAGAUAAGCAUGAAGUAGAGAACAGUGUGUACAUGUGCACUCCAGGACCCCACGCAGUGCUCCUCGUGGUAGGCCUGGCAGCUGCAUUUAAUACCUCCUAUCAUAGAGCAGUCCAGGAGCACAUGAGUCUGUUUAGGGAUGAUGUCUGGAAGCACACCAUUGUUCUGUUCACUAGAGGUGAUUGGCUGGGAGUGAAGACUGUGGAAGAACGUAUAGAGAGUGAGGAAGGUCUGCAGUGGCUGAUGAAGAAGUGUGGGAACAGGUACCACGUCCUGGAUAACAUGAAGCAUAAUGAUGAGAUGCAGGUACAAGAUCUCCUGGAGAAGAUUGAAGAGAUGUGGGCGGGAAAUGAAGACCCACAUUAUAAAGUUGACCCGGAUCGUGAAGCACAGCUGGAGGCCAGAAAAGAGGCUGAAGGAAAAUUAGCUAGAAGGAUCAGAAAGACCACUGAAAGACAAUCAAGAAUACUGGGAAAGUUAUUUGAAGGAGAGAGGCUGACAAUCACUGACCUGAGGAUUGUACUGCUUGGCAGAGAGGAAUCUGGGAAGAGUAUGGCAGGAAACAAAAUCUUUUUUGAAGAGAUAUUUGAGAGAAUUUGGGUGAAGAAGGAAUUCCAGGACCAGAGAAGAACAGAAAAGUGUGUAAAGCAUGAAGGAAAUUUUGGUAGAAUAAAUGUUGCGGUCGUUGAGACUCCAGGCUGGCCUGCAGACACGACGGCUCCUGUCUGGCUAAAAGAAGAAGUUCUCCGCAGCGUCUCCAUGUGUGCUCCAGGCCCUCAUGUUUUUCUCUUGGUUGUUCCCAUUUCCAAAGCAUUCACAGAGGAAGACCACAAAGCACUGGUUGAGCUUUUGAUGCCCUUUGGAGAGAGAGUGUGGAGACAUUGCAUGGUGUUGUUCACCUGGGGAGACUGGCUGAAUGACAGACUCAUUGAGGAGCACAUUGCAGGAGAGGGAAAAAGCCUCCAGAGGCUGGUGGAAAAGUGUGGGUACAGAUACCAUGUCCUCAACUGCCAUGUUUUUGGUAAUCAUUUUCCUGUCAAACUGCUCUUCCAAAAAAUAAUUGAUUUGAUCACAUGGAAUACAGGACAAUGUUUCACUGCUGGAGACAAACAAGGAAAUAAACAGUCUGUGCUGACAGAAGAAGAGUGGAACAGGAGGGAGCAAGAUCUGAUAAACCGAAUGUUGAGAGCUUUUGGAAAUGAACCAGAAGAACCAACACAACCAUUUGUGAAGCGAGGAGCCAGCUUGGAUGGAGCUUUUAUUCCAAGCAUGAGCGGAGACGCUCCCUCAGAAUUUGGGAACAUGUCAGAUCUUUGGAGAGAAGCAUCACGUGCCAAAGUGUCUGAAUGGCUGAAGACCAGAGCUGGAAACUCUGACGUCACCUCUGGGAUUGGCAGCAUGAGCGCCUCAGCCAGUCAUGUGGAUGAAAGUCCUCUGCCUGAUGAAAAUGAUUAAACAAUAAAUUCUGUGAAACAUUAAAUAAUUUGAAUGCACAUGUUAAAAACAGAAACACGAUAAUCGAAUCUUUUUUCUAAAAUAAAUAUUGUUUGUUGGAUUUAAAAGUGCUUACCAAGCCACUUUUAACUUGGGCUGGCACACUGUAUUUUUCUGAAAAAUGAAAGUCCUGCAAACUGAAUAUUUACAUUUUUGGUCUCUCAUUCUAAUCAUUUUGUUAUGCAGGACUCCCUGAAAUGUAUGUAUUCUGGUACAUUAACCUCUUAGCCUGAGGUGGCAAAAGUACAGACUAUACUGACAUGGUCUUCUUUCAGCGUUCACUGAACUUCUAGUGUUGAUGUCUGUAGGACCUCAAUGUACGGGUUAUUUAUUAUUAGAUGUUUUCUUGUGAAGUCUAAUCUGGCCUCUCUGUUCUUCAGUGUAACCAGUUUUGUAAACCCUCUAUAUUUCCAUUCAUGAAGGCAUCUCUUGUUUGUAAACCUUGAGAAACUUGCCUGUCCCAACUUGGAUAAACAUUUUGUUUUUCUUAACCAUGAAAAUAAUUCUGUGAUCAUGCACUUUAA